GCGCCAUCUUCCGUUGACGUCUAGUGCACAAUUUUCGCUCUGUUAAAGAAGUUAUGUCGAAUAAUUAAUAAUUAAUUCAAUUUGUGACUGAUUGCAACGACUGGGACACAAAAUGACGGGAGUAGGGCGUAGGAAAGACGCCUCAUCUUUAGCGACACAAAACGGCAAUGAUGCGUCGUCUACUACGGCAACGCAGCACGUUAAAAACGGCAACGUUGCCUGUUCUAGCAAAGAACAAGAACAGAGACGUCGCGAACGCGAAGACAGGGAAUGUCUAGUUCUGUGGAAAAAACCCUUUAGAACUGUAGAUUACUCAGUUAGAGAGAUAUUAGCCUUAACGCGAACGUAUGGUAGAAAAACUCUAGACAACAAAUUAUUAGUUUCAAUUACCUUGAUAUCAGUAUUAUUUACGUAUUUGUUAGUGAAUACUAAAGGACCACACCAAAAUCUAGUACAAGGGGUGUACAAAAAAAUUCUGUGGUGCCUUUAUUGGAUAGGUUUGGGUAUACUAUCUUCAGUCGGUUUGGGUACAGGUCUUCACACGUUUUUGCUAUACUUGGGCCCCCACAUAGCUCGUGUAACGCUGGCUGCCUACGAAUGCGGAGGCCUAAAUUUUCCUGAGCCGCCCUAUCCAGAUGACAUUAUUUGUCCAAUGAAAUCUGACGGAAUUGCCGUGACAAUUUUCAGUAUAAUGUCUAAAGUUAGGCUGGAAGCAAUGUGUUGGGGAGCUGGUACAGCUUUAGGGGAGUUACCCCCCUAUUUCAUGGCUAGAGCUGCCAGAUUAUCGGGUAUUGACCCCGAUGAUGAAGACAACGAGUUAGCGGAAUUUGAAGAACUCCAAAAGAAGCAACAGAACAAGGAAGAAUUAACUUUGAUAGAGAAGGGGAAAAUCUUUGUUGAAGAUUUGGUACAAAAAGUGGGCUUCCUGGGGAUACUAGCGUGCGCCAGUAUUCCAAAUCCUUUGUUUGAUUUGGCGGGUAUAACAUGCGGUCACUUUUUGGUCCCUUUUUGGACCUUCUUCGGGGCAACACUGAUUGGAAAAGCCGUUAUAAAAAUGCACAUACAAAAGCUUUUUGUGAUAAUCGCUUUUAACGAAAGUCUCAUCAGUAAGGCUUUGGAAAUAGUUCAAUUGCUCCCAAUAGCAGGCCAGUGGCUGCAAACGCCAAUAAAAUCUUUCCUAGACAACCAAAAAAAUAGGUUGCAUAAAAACUCGGGAGAUGGCGCUCCUACUUCUCAAGAGAAAGGCAACAUUCUGGGUUCAGUGUUUGAAUACUUUGUGUUUGCGAUGAUUCUGUACUUUGUUAUUUCCAUAGUUAAUUCCUUAGCGCAGAGUUAUCAUAAAAGGAUACACAAAAAAAAGACUGGCAAACUUGGGAAAGAUUAGUUUACAGCAGUUGUAGGUUAUGAAUUUAAAGUUCGUAUUGCAAAUAAUUCCAUUUUAUACUGUUUUUUUUUUUUUUAAAUUGGGAUUCACAAAUACAAAACUUGUUUAUAAUUUGGUCCUCUAUUAUGUUUUGUUUUGUGUGAAGUGUAUAUUUUGUUUUAAUUUUGUACAUACUAGGUUUUAAUGUUGUCAUUCCUGAAUAAAUAAAUUAGGUAUUCUACA